AUGCGGGGAACUAGUGGCGAUACUGGGGCAGGUGCUGACAUUCGCCAUGGGGCAUGUGCCCGUGCCGGUGCCACGUAUUUGAUUACUUGUUUCUCUUUCUGUGAUGCUGCAUGCUGCAUAUUGCCUGUUGCCCAUCAUGCAGGGGAGCUAGUGGGGAUCCUGGGGCAGGUGCUGACAUUCGCCAUGGGGCAUGUGCCCGUGCCCAGCAACACCAUCGAUGUCAAGAUGCCGCAGACGAAGGAAGUCUUCAACAUGCUUCUCCACGCAUGGAAUGACCGGGAUGUGGUGGUGUGGAUGAAAACGACUUACCAGCGCAUCCAGUACGUGCCACGCACAGAUGUGGUUGCGCGCGCAGUGCUGCCAUACCGGGCCACGUGGCACGACAUGGCUGCUCAGAUCAUUGCGAAGCUGCCCAAGCCAGUCAUUGGCGUGCACUUCCGAUCAGAAUUCAUCUCCUGGAACGUGGCACAAGCCUUAAACGCCAACGUGACCUGGCAGGAGGUGCAGAAGAAGAUGCGGCAGCAGAUGGCAGUGUGCGUGCAGGGGGCAGCAAGCAAAAUCAAUCAAGUCAGGAAACAACAACAGGAACAGCAGGAUAAGCAAAAGAGGCAGCAGGGACAGGGUCAGCAGCAGGAGCAGCAGCAUGAGGAGCAGAAGCAGCAGCAGCAGCAGCAGCAGCAGCAGCAGCAGCAGCAGCAGCAGCAGCAGCAGCAGCAGCAGCAGCAGCAGCAGCAGCAGCAGCAGCAAGGGUUAAUCAACGGGUUAGGGCAAGUGGUGGAAGGGCCGACGGUCUUCAUAGCAGCAGACAUCCCGUUCAAUGCCUCACCUGCGGUCCAACCGCGGUCAGAGUCAUGGCAGAGCAUGGAGGUGUGGCUGGGGCGGGAGAACACGGGCCGGGCGUCCAGAGGAGCGCUGCAAUGGCUCCGGCAGCACGUGGGGGGGACGCUCAUGAUCGAUGAGGUCGUGCCCGCUGUCAAUGCCUACGACCCAGGCAUCGUGUCGAUCCUAGACAAGCUAGUGAUAGCCAAGGCAGAUAUAUUCGUGGCAGCAGAGCACUAUUGUGGGGGGAAGAGGGGCUUUGAAUCGGACAUUCUGCAGCACAGAGAUGAGUACGGGCAGGCAGAAGACAGCGUUGUGCGAUGGGGAUACAAGUCAUAG